CUCUGGCGAUCGAUUUGCACGUCAAAACGCUUCGGACCUCCACCAGGGUUUCCCCUGGCUUCAUCCUGGCCAAGCAUAGUUCACUAUCUUUCGGGUCCCAACAUCUAUGCUCUGGGUACCCGCCGACACAUCCGGCCGCCCGAGCCCGCCGAGGCGGGGGGCGACCGUUCGUCAUGGCGAGUCCCGGACCUGCGCCCCCCCCGCCGCCCGACGGGUCGGGAGGAGUACCGACUCUUUGCACGCCGCGAAGGCCACGCGGGAGAGGGAAAGGGAAGCGCGGGAGCCAGCGAAUUAGGUUUCGACCGCGGCCUCGGACCAGUCCCCCGUUCCCGGCAGGCCCCGGAGGAGAGACCGUCGGGGGGGCAAGACGAGGGCACCGGGGGAUCCCCGGACGGGCGCGCUGGAAAACGCCCCCCGCCCAAAACGAGGAGCGGAGGACGAACGCGCCGCCGGUUCCAACAAGGAACCGGGCCUCAGACGCCCGAUGUGUCCCCAACGCGACGCGGCGACCGACUGCGGGGGGAAGAUAGCCCGCCGCCCACGGGCAGGCGGCGGGGGCCGCUCCCCGCGUUGGCUCCUUCGGCCGAGGCCUCCGGAACGGGAAGUCGCCACGCCCGCUGCCGUCUCCCGGCAGGCCGACGAACUGAAUCCCCCAGUUCGAUCUUCGAAUCUCCGCCCGUUUAG